CGGUUCUGUAUCUAAUGCAAAACACUUUCUCCUUGAAAGUGAUCCAUCACACACACUCUCUCUCUCUCUGUAGCAGAUACUUUAAUCGAUUUUUGUCCCCUUUUCCUUCUCAAAAUCUCAGCAGCACACAAUUAACCUGAUCACCAAAAAAAAAAUCACAAAUUUUCGUGAACCCAAUUGCACCCACCACAGAUUCCUGCACCACAAAUUAGUGCCCAAUUCUGGUACGCAAAUUUAACGCUUCACUUGAGAGCCUAUUUAUACAAUGGCUUUGCUGCUCUUUGCUCACUCAAAAACUCACUAAAUUUUCUUUCUGGUUUUCUCUCUGUCUUUUUAAGCUGAUGGAUUUGAAGAUUGAAAUGCAGAGGGCAAGGGCAAUCUCUUUUGCUUCUCAUACUGGCAAUCUUGGGCUACUGCUCCUCUGGCAUAUUCUGCAUCUUUUUAUCAGACUAUGGUACUUUCUGUUGUGGAUGGUUUAUGUGCUUGAGAGCUAUCUCAUUUCUGGUGGAAUACUUAAGAAGUAUAAAGCCCUUAACGUAGGUAAACUACGGUACCUGGCGAUUGUAGUAGAAAGUGAAGACGCAUACGAAACUUCCAAAGUUAUUGAGCUUCUGCUGUGGCUAGAAGCUAUUGGCGUGAAACGUGUGUGCCUCUACGACACAGAAGGAGUGUUAAAGAAAUCAAAAGAAGUCAUCUUGACAAAACUGAAAAAUGCAGUAGUAUAUGAGGAAGGUUAUCAAGAUGAAAGCUUAGUUGACCAGAAACGCAUGUCUCUAGAAUUUUGUUCAUUCUCUGAUGGAAAAGAAGCUAUAACCAAAGCAGCUAACUUGCUCUUUGUGAAGUAUUCGAAAUUGGCAACACUACCUGGUGAUCAUGAAGAGAAAAUCUUUACAGAACCUCACAUGGAUGAUGCACUUAAAGCUAUUGGUGGCAGAGGGCCGGACCCUGACCUCCUAUUAGUUUAUGGACCUGCAAGAUGCCACCUUGGUUUUCCUGCAUGGAGAAUGCGAUAUACUGAGAUUGUACACAUGGGUCAGCUAAAGCAUAUGAGCUACGGUUCCCUAAUUAAAGCCAUUUACAGGUUCACCACUGUGCGCCAAAACUUUGGUAAAUGACAUUGCAUUUGGGUGAUCAUAUGUGGAAGGCAGAUGACAUUUGGAACAAAACAUGUCGACUAUUGGCCAAGGGCGAAGUAAUUGUUUAGAGAUUGGGCCUUCUUGGCUCCUGCCGACUAUUCUUAGUGAUAUGCAUGUAACAUCAAUAGUAAUCAGGAUAUAGUGGAUCUAGCACGGUUGUAACCACAAUUGUUCACUCCCAGUUGUAAUGCUUAAGUUUGUUGAAUAAAGACUCUUCUUCUAUAAAAUCAAAAAAUACAAAUAUAUAAAUAA